AUGUUUCCAGUGUCACAGCGCCAUGGCGUAUCGCGCCCAGUCGCGGCGCACGCUGGCGCCACGACGAGGCGCUGCAGGCCCACGGUGCUUCUACUUGCAACAUUAACUUCGGGAAAUAGCAGCGCAUUGAAAAUUCACGCCCAACAUGCUGCGUGGGGCUGGCAGCUGGCUCGCGCGACGGUCGUUGCCACGACCUUGCAAUUCUGCGCGGCAUCGGGGCAAGCGGCAAAUGCAAGCGUCGGCGGGGGAUUUGGUGCUGGCGGAAGGUUUGGAGGCUCUGGAGGAGGUGGAGGCGGUGGCGGUGAUGGACCAUCGUCGACGCAGCCUGGCUCAGCGAAUGUGCUCGGCGAUGUCGCGGAGGCGAGCGACCUCGUGGAAGAGGUCGUCCUUCUUGACGUUGGAGGCAUGAAAUGUGGUGGCUGCGUGGGCCACGUGAAGAAGAUUCUGGAGUCCCAGCCAGGAGUCAUCGCCGCCUCCGUGAACCUCACCACCGAGACGGCAUUGGUGCGGGUGCUGGUGCCCAGGAGCAGCAGUGGCGCUGCAGCGCUAGCGGCCCUUGGAGAGAAGCUGACUCAGGCUCUCACCGCCGCCGGCUUUCCCUCCAAGCCCCGCGACCCUUCCACCUCCUCCUCCGCCCUCGCCGCCGCCCUCGCCGCCAAGCGCGCUGCCAAGGUCGCUCGGCUCCGUGCCGCCACCCUCGAUCUCCUCACUGCGUGGGGUCUAGCCGCGGUGUGCGGACUGAGCCACCUGGCGCACGCCCUGCCCUCCGCGCCCGCCUGGAUGCACACCUUCCACUCCGUGCCCCUCAACGCGGCCCUCUCCGUCGCCGCACUGCUAGGGCCCGGGCGGGAGAUCUUGGUUUCGGGGCUCAAGGCGCUGGCGGCCGGUCGGCCUGACAUGAACACGUUGGUGGGCCUUGGCGCGGGCGCUUCGUUCGGCGUCAGCUGUGUGGCGGCGGCGCUACCUAAACUGGGGUGGAAGACGUUUUUUGAGGAGCCGGCGAUGUUGCUGGGGUUUGUGCUCAUCGGAAGGGCGCUGGAGGAGAGAGCCAAACUGCAGGCGAGUGCGGAUAUGGCAGCUCUUCAGGAGCUGGUUCCCACACGAGCGAGAUUGCUCCUGAGUGGAGGCGGGGAUAAGCAUGCAGAGGUUCCCGCGGAGGCGGUGGGUCCCGGUGACCUGUUGCUGGUGCUGCCGGGCGACCGGGUACCCGUAGACGGUGUGGUGGUGGGGGGGAGGUCGUCCGUGGACGAGUCCGCGCUGACCGGGGAGCCGCUGCCGCUGACUAAGGCUCCCGGAGACCGCGUGGCGGCGGGGACGGUCAACUGCGACGGGGCGUUGACUGUACGGGCGGAGCACAGCGGCCAGCAGACGGUUAUUGCGGAUAUCGUGCGGCUGGUGGAGGUGGCGCAGGCCCGCACGGCGCCCAUUCAGCGUUUGGCCGACACGGUCGCCGGCAAGUUCGCUUACGGGGUGAUGGGUUUGUCCGCCGCCACCUUCGCAUUCUGGGCGGCUGUGGGCACCCGCGUCCUCUCCUCCAGCGCCUCCGGCCCCGCGGGCGCCUUGCUGCUGAGUCUCCAAAUGGCCUGCAGCGUGCUGGUGACGGCGUGUCCGUGUGCGCUGGGUUUGGCCACCCCGACUGCCGUACUGGUGGGCACCAGCGCGGGCGCCAGGCGGGGGUUGCUGAUUCGGGGGGGCGACAUUUUGGAGGCUGCGUCCCACGUGGAUACGGUGGUGCUGGACAAGACGGGCACUCUCACUGUCGGGAAGCCGCAGGUCACCCAUGUCCACUCCCUCCUGCCCCUGGAGUCCCUGACGGGGCCCGGCGGCGGCGGCGGCGGCAGCAGUGCAGCUGACGCCGUACUGCAGCUGGCGGCGGCGGCGGAGCGGCGCACCACGCAUCCCGUCGCGCAGGCGCUCGUCCGCGCCGCCGACCAGCUACAUCCACCGGCGACGGCAGCUGCAGAACGCGCCUGCAACGGGUCGUUCGUACAGGAGCCUGGCAGUGGCGUUGCGGCGACGGUUGGCGGACGUCGAGUGGCGGUUGGGACAUUGGAAUGGCUGCAGCGGCAGGGCGCGGAUCCGCCGCCGCCACCGGCGGCGGCGGCAACUUCAAUCGCCACCGCCGCCGUACACGGCGUCGGUAACAGUCAUAGUCGCGUGUAUGUCGCUGUCGACGGCGCCGUCGCUGGUGUCAUCGAUGUCGCCGACGCCGUACGGCCUGACGCGCGGGAGACGGUGGAACGGUUGCAUCAGCAGGGCAUCCGUACAGUCAUGCUCAGCGGCGAUAAGUCCGCCGCCGCGGCGGAAGUGGCGUCGGCGGUGGGCAUCGCCGCCGCCGACGUGUUCGCCGACGUCAAGCCGGCGGGCAAGAAGGCGGUGGUGGAGGAGCUGCGCGCCGCGGGCCGCGUGGUUGCGAUGGUGGGCGACGGCAUCAACGACACGGCGGCGCUGGCGGCGGCGGAUGUGGGCAUUGCGAUGGGUGGCGGUGUCGACGCGGCUUCGGAGGUCGCCAAGGUGGUGCUGCUGGGAGACCAGCUGUCCCAGGUCGCCGACACGGUUCAUCUGGCUCGUCGUACACUGGCCAAGAUCAACCAGAACCUCAUGUGGGCCUUCGGCUACAACCUGAUCGCCAUUCCCCUGGCGGCGGGGGUGCUACUGCCGACGGCGGGUAUCUGCCUGACCCCCUCCGUCAGCGGCGCGCUCAUGGGGUUCUCAUCCCUGGCUGUUGUCAGCAACUCGCUGCUGCUACAGCUGGAAGUCAAGGGCAUGGGCACGAGUACGGCUACUGCUACUGCCGGCGCUGCUGCACGGGCAGGAAGCCGUGGGGCGGUGGUGGCGCCGCUGGCGUCACCAGCGAAAUCCUCCGCCGAUAGGUCACAGGGGGAGCUGGCGGAGGAUGGCGGCUUGGUGGGGACGGGAGUUGCGACGUCAGCGACGGCGCCGGCGGCGUCUUCUCCUGUUGAGGAAAGUGCGCGUGGUGCGCCGCAGAUGUUGGCGUCCGUCGUGAGCUCGAGCGCCGGGAGUGCCGGCGGUGCCGGUGUUGCCCCGCGGGCCGGCGGCGGCGGCGUGGCUAGCGCCGCUGGCUAG